UUAAAAUACAAACAAAUUACUAAAGCAAAGAAAGCAACAACAAUAAGAAUAAACUACAGAAAUAAGGGCAAAAAAUAAAAAUAAUCAAGAAUAACAUAACAUGACUUGAAAUACUUAUUUCUUUGAAAAUUUUAUUUUUGUGAUUUUGUUUUGUUGUAUUUAGUCAUUGAGACGACGAUGACUACCAGAGCUACUACAGCUACUAUACUAAUGACUAUCAACCAACUGACUGAUAAACAGUAUUCAUAAGUGUUUGACUGCAAAUCAAUGCUGUUUUUUUGCACUUGAAACUAAAAGAUACAAAAACUAACAGAUAAAUUUCAUUUUAUAACAUUAAUAACAAUAAAACUAAUUAUUUGAAAAGAAUAUUAAAGUGUUCCAAAAACAAAAUUACUUAAACUACUCAAGACUUAACGUUGCUAAACGAAAUUUUACACUAAUUUAAAAAAUAAAUAUUAUUAACGGCAACAACAAAUUACAAAAAAAAAGACCUUACUUACUCUCUAGCUUUACCAAAGCAAAAUCUUAUCAAAAAAUUCUGAAAUUGUGAAAAAAACUGAUAAAAACCUCACACUCACACACACUAACUGAGGAAUUACAGCAAUUUUUGAAAAACAUAAUUAGCGCUUUUUUAAAUUAAAAAAAAAAAACGUUUUCAACACUAUUAUUUGACUAUUCAAUUAACUGUUGUUUCACACUUGCAUACCAGCCAGACACAAUACACAGAUACUCUGCUGCUGCUCUCAACUACCUCUAUAUAUGAACAACUAGAGAACAAACCAAAAAAUUUAAAAAAACACACAAAAAAAAAUGGCAAGAGAUCGAUUGCCAGAAUUAAUACAGCGCUCAAAUAGCUGUAAUUCAACGAAUGGUACAACAAUAUCGUUGGAAAGGCAAAACUCAGCAGCCAAUAUGCAACAAAAUACACCCGUAGAUGCCAUACUAAAUCCGUAUUCGGAAAUACGCACACAUUUAGCACAAAUAGCUGCAAAUUUGGAGUCAAUGAAUCGUAUGACACAGGCAGCAAACAUACGAAGUUUUAAUGAAAAUGAAAUGGAUCAAUUGAGAAAACACAACCUGCGUUUGGGUAAUCAAUUGAUGACAAAAUUUCAGGAGUUCAAAGCAAAUCUACCGGCCGAAAAUGAUUAUACGCUAGAGGCGCGUAUGAAGAGAACUCUGUUCUAUGGUCUGCAUCAGAGUUAUAUAAAUAUGUGGACCAAGAAUGAGGCAUUUUUACAGAAUUAUGAACAGAAGUUGAAGAAAAAUUUACAAAUGCAAUCGAAGAUAAUCAAUUGUAAUGCCACCGAAGAAGAAAUCGAAGAAUUAAUUGCCAAUAAACAAACUAGUCUAUUUGUAGGAAAUAUUUUAGAAGAAACCGAAAAGGAACGCAAAACACUGCAAGAUCUCAUGGAUCGUUUCAAUGAACUCAAGAAACUAGAGAAAUCCAUAGAAGAAGUGCAUGCAUUAUUUUUACGGAUACAAUGUUUAGUAAUGGAACAGAGUGAAACCAUACAACGUGUUGAGUUCCAUGCCCAACAGGCCACUCUGUUCGUAGACAAGGGUGCUGAUGAACUGGAAAAAGCUGAUAAAUUACAUAAAAAAGCUUUGAAGAAAAAAGUGAUGCUUAUUUUAAUCGCUAUUGUUGUAUUACUGGUGCUAAUUUUAAUUGGUGUAUUUUUGUGAUGUCUGUUUUAAUUAAUUUUUCGUUUUAGUUUUAAACUAUUUAAGUACUUUAUGUUAUAAGUUAAUUUAACUUAUUUGUGUGCAAAAUAAGAAAAAGUAUUAAAGUCCAAAGAAUGUCAAUUUAAACUAAACGGAAGUGACUUUCGUUUUAGAAAAUUUAACUGAAUAAAAUAAUUAAUGUUUAUGUAGAAAAUAUUAAUAAAUUUCAUUACAAAAAUAUAAA